AUGCGCCCGUCCAGUAUUAUCCUCGCCGCCGUCGGCUUGACAGGGACCGCCCUCGCCCACGGCGACCACGGCAGCGGGUCGCAAAAGCCCAUUGUCGACGAGAACGCCCCAUGGAUGGUCAAGCACAUGGCUGAGGAACACCACAUCGAGAACUUCGACGCCGCCUCCUUCUUCGCCCUGCACGACUUCGAUGGCGAUAGCACAUGGGAAGGCCUCGAGAUUCUCCGCACAUACGGCCUGAUGGACGAUUCCAACAAGCACGUCUCCCAGCCCAGGAGAGACGAGAUCGUCCGCGACAUCCUCAACCUGAUGGACUACGACAACAACGGCGUCAUCACCAAGGACGAGUUCGUGCGCUUCAUCGACGUCGAGAAGAAGACGCUUCCGGAUAUGGGCACGGGGCCGGGACACCACGGCGAUGAUGAGUACGAGUAUGAGAUUCAUCACUGGGAGAAGUACCACGACGACAACACCAAGCUCGAAGACCUUACCCACCCCGAAGACAUCGAACACUUCAAGAAGCACGAGGAGAUGGAGCUCGAAGAGGAGCGGUUGGCCCAGAUGGACCGACUCUCGAUUAUCGAGGAAAACAUCCCCGCCAAGUUCCGAAGGAGUGGGUAA